UCCAUGGCCUGCAGCAACAUCACCACAGACUCCCCAGUGGUUCUCUUGGGAGCCACAGCAAGAGCUUCUUGCACCAUCUGGAGAAGCUCCUGCCUCAUCCGAGACGAUGAAGAAAUCCAGAUGAUGUGGAAACUGGAUGAAGAGUUCCUGACAGGGACCCAGUACAGUUUACACAACGGGGUAGAAGUCUCCAACAUCACCAUCGGGCCCAUCAAUGAGACCGUGACCACUUUGAGCUGCUAUGUAAAGAGGAAACAGAAGCCACAGAUGAUGAAGGUCAUCCAGAUUCGUGCAGGAUAUCCUCCAGCACAACCCCAAAACCUCACCUGCGUUAUGAAUGUCACCACGAAGAACCUCACGUGCCGGUGGGACCCUGGGCAAGACAGCCUCCUCUCAGUCAGUGUGGCCCUGAAGGGAUCCCGGAAUCAGGGGGUGUGUGAGGUCCCCACAGAGGCCGUCCCCGCAAGCUGCACCCCACUGCCUGGGCAGAACUCCUGCACCAUCGGCCGGGAGAACCUCCUGCUCUACCACCCCAUGAUUUUCUGGCUGUCGGUGAACAACGCCCUGGGAGAAGUGGACUCUGAGCCGCUGUGUGCAGACCCCGUUGAUUUAGCCAAGCUGGACCCUCCAACCCUCCACGCCAUGCAGUCCAUCCCUGAGGAGACUGACUGCAUAUCUGUCAUGUGGGAAGCAGGGAGAGACAGCGAGCACAUGCACCAGUUAUGUGACCUGAGCUACCAGGCAGAGGGCGACCAGGAAUGGAAGCUGGUCCACAAUAUCACCAACCCUACCUGGGAAAGGCAGGAAGUGUGGCAUGUGCGGCACUGCGGCUUCCUCUUUGGAACCCUCUACCACUUCCAGAUGCGCUGCCAGAGAUUUGGUGGAGCCGGCUACUGGAGUGACUGGAGUCCAAUGAUGAACUUCACCACCCAUGAGAAAGCGCCUUCAGGAGAGCUUGAUGCCUGGUGGAAAGUGAAGACCAGGGAGGCAGAGGCAAGAACUGAAGUGCAGCUGUUGUGGAAGCCAAUGAAACCCAAUGAGGCCCAUGGGAAAAUCUUGGGUUACAUGGCCACCCUCAGCACCCGGCGGCACAGCGGGGAGCCAUCGCCCCUGUGCAACACCUCUGAGACGUGCUGCACUUUCUCACUUCCACUUGGAACCCAGAAGAUUUAUCUCACGGCCUACAACGCCAGAGGCUCAUCUCAGCCCACUGAAGUCUACUUGUCUGAGAAGAAAGGUCAACCCGUACCCAAGUUCCAGGCCUCCCCUCACAAUGAGACAAGCAUCUGGGUACACUGGGAUCCCCCAGGGACACCAGCCAGGGGCUACAUCAUCGAGUGGCACAGCAUGACCUCGACAGAAGACUCAUCUGACAGCAAUCACGGUCAAAACAACAUGGGAUGGACCAAAGUGCAGAGUGGCACCGUCACGCAUGCUCUGAUCCAAGAAAACGUGAAACCUUUUCAACGCUACAACAUCUCCAUCUACCCACUCUACAGGGACAGAGUGGGGAUGGCCCAGUGUUUGGAAGUUUACACCAGGCAGAAAGCUCCAUCUGACACCCCCAAACUCCAUCCUGGGAGUAUCAGUAAGUCCACAGCUCAGCUUCACUGGGAACCCAUCCCGGUUGAAAAGCGGCAUGGCUUCAUCACCAACUACACCAUUUUCUGGAACGGCACCAAUGAGGACCUGAACAGUGCUGUCGUGAACUCUUCGGUCGACACCUUCACCAUCGUGGGCCUCUGGCCUUCCAGAAUGUACAGGGUGCACAUCAUGGCCUCAACAGUGGGUGGGAGCACCAACGGUACCAUCCUCACGUUCUAUACCAAGGCGAUUGAUGACAUGGACCUCCCCUUUGUCUACAUGCUGAUUGGGCUCCUCUUGCUGGCGAUUAUUGUCCUGGUCAUCUGUUUCCAGAAGAGCAAGAGGAUGAAAACCCAGUUCUGGCCCAGUGUCCCUGACCCAGCCAACAGCAGCCUCGGCAGAUGGGCACCAGCCAUUCUGCAAGAGGAGAUCCUCCAGGCUCCAAAGUCGUGCGAGCUCAGUCCUGUUGUUGUUUCGGCCAUCUUGGUGAUUGAAGCGGAUGAGAAGAAAUGCCUUUCCUGUGGGAAGGGGGAGCCCGCUAAGGCCCUGGAGGAUGGGCCAAUGACAGCCUCCUUGGAAUCUUAUGUGGGCAAUGCCGAGACCACUCUGCCAGCCAGUGACCCAGCGCCAGCCUCUUAUGUAAACAGCCCGGAGUCUGUCCAAUACGCAAAGGUGUUUGUGGACAGCUACUGCAGCCAACAGAAGGCCUCGCCUAGUUCCUACAGGCGCUGCAACUCCACGCAGCCCCUCCUAAGCGACAGGACGCCCAGCCCAAAGCCCUACGAGAACCUGUGGUUUCACAGCGACCAUCCAAACAGAGAGCUCGACUACAGUUGUCAGGAGGAUGCCGUUUUCCUGGACAGGGCCCUGUUGGAUUUCCCAUUGCUCCAGGGCCUCAAAAUCGAUGGGGAUGAUGACCUAAGCAACUUCCGAAAACUGUAGAACCUGGUUGACGGGGGAGCAUCAAACUGGAGCUGCUUGUGGCUUCUUGCAUUCUUCUUCUCCUCCUUCACUGGAGGAAGCACUGAAUUAUUCCAGCCAAACAUCCAGCCACCUAGAUUUUGUGUCACCCUCUAGAGAGGCUAAGAAAGUGGAGCAGGUG